AUCAUGUCAAAAUUAUUCUACAUAACUAUAAUUAUCAACUUAAACUAGCUAGAUACAAAAAUGGAAAAAUAAAUUCUUGGUAUGGUUGAGGGCAGAAUUUCCUACUCUUCACUGUCAAGCAAAGAAUUCAAUAGAAUAUUAAAGAAAAAGAGUAUCUAAUUCUAAACUCGAAAGAUUAAACAUACAAUAUGAAUUGAUAAUAAUGACCCUUCCCUUUAUAUGCUAAAAAUCCUAAUUUUUGAGACUUGUAAAAUAAAAAUGAAACAUUCCAUGUUUUGGAAUUCUAAUUAAAGUGUAUAUAUAUAUUCGGAUGAAUAUUAAUCAAUUAAGAAUUCAAUGUGUAAUAAGCCUAAUCCUAUAAAUUCAGCGUGAUAUUCAUUGUUAUCCCAAGUCGAUUUACUAGCAUAUGUCUAAUCAGAUAAUCAGAUGAUAAAAUACGAAAAAAGAUAAAGAAUCUAAAAAUACGGUAUAAUGAUCAUAAAUACACCCAGGCAUAUAAGAGCCAAGAUUCUGAUAAAACCUAAUUAAAUCCCAGAAAAGGAAACACUCGAAUUUAUUACCACAACUCUUUCCUUAUUUAAGAAUUCAAUUAACAUGACUACCAUUAUUUACCUAAGCAACUUUCCAUUAAUACCAAACCUUCCCUCUCUUCAAAAUCAAACAAAUAUUUGAUUGGCAUAUCUCCCUCCCUUAAUCUCUCCAAUUGUUUAAGUUUAUAUAUCAUCUGCCGUAUUGAUCCAUUUGUUUACUUUGAAUGGAAGAAAUCAGCAUGAUUUCACAGACAAAACGAGGAGAGGAGUCGUCGGAAUCGACCAAUUUUCCGGGGUCGAAGCGGCCGAGGUCGACCGAGCGAUUCAAGGGCGUUGUUCCGCAGCAGACCGGGCAUUGGGGGGCGCAGAUUUACGCCAACCACCAGCGUAUCUGGCUCGGGACGUUUAAGUCCGAGGCGUUGGCCGCGAUGGCGUACGACAGCGCGGCGACCAAGCUCCGGAGCCGAGAUUCCCACCGGAACUUCCCUCCGACGGGCCUCACCCCUCUGGAAUUGAAGUUCCAGAGCGGGCUCAGCACGGAUUCCGUGCUGAACAUGAUCCGGGACGGGUCGUAUACGGCCAAGUUUUCGGAUUUUUUAGCCAGCCAGAAGAAGCAGGGGGAUGAAAAAUUAGGGUUAGGGUUAGGGUUUGGGUUUGAAUUAGGGUUAGGGUUAGGGUUAGGGUUUGAUUCGUCGAUCAACGACAAAGAGGAUUUCUCGAGCACGCUGCUCUUCCAGAAGGAGCUGACACCAAGCGACGUGGGGAAAUUGAACCGGCUGGUGAUCCCAAAGAGGUAUGCGGUGAAGUACUUCCCGGGGGUGCCGGAGGAGGAGCAGGUGCAGCUCGAGUUUUACGAUAGGGGGAUGAGGCUGUGGAAGUUCAGGUACUGCUACUGGAAGAGUAGCCAGAGCUUUGUGUUUACGAGGGGGUGGAACCGGUUCGUGAAGACCAAGGGGCUGAGGUCGAACGACAGCGUCGCGUUCUACUUGUACGAGAGUCGGAAGGCCGGGCAGAGAUCGGGGAAGAGGUUUAUUGUGAUUGAUGUGGCUGAGAAAGAUGAGGAUUUUGGUGAAGUGGUUGAAGAGGAAGCAGAGUGUUGUGAGGAGUCACUGGUUUGUUCAUCUCCUAGUAGUAGUGGGACUAAAGUGAGUUUUAGGCUUUUUGGUAUUGAAAUAAGCAAUUAUGUUUGAAUUAGUGUUUUUGAAAUUAUUAAUGAUAGAUAUUACUACUAUCUUUUACAGUUUUGAGUCAAGUUAGGACUCCCUUUUGGUGAUUUCUUAUAAAUAGAGCUUUGUAUUCUACAUUCAGUCAAGUUAGGCUUCUGUUUUGUAGUACAUUUUAAGUGUGUAGAAAAAAAUUACUCUUGUGUGCUACGAGGAAAUACUAAAAAAAAAAUAAUGGCCUUGUGAAAAAAAUGUGAGUGAAAGAUCUAACCAAAAUUGAAUUGGAUCCAUGUGAAUUCAUUAUCACUCUUAAUAUCUCUUGCAAUUCAAAAUUUCAUGAUUGAAAAUUUGGAAUACCUAUAUGCAUCAUGAUCCCAAUUCAUGAAUCUCUAGUCAGUUCUAGAAAUCAAGAUAAGAGGAUUGAACCAUGUCUUCUAAUUCCUUUUCAAAUAAGGUACACUUGGUUGACUUCAAUAACUUUACUUAAUCUUUAAACUAUAACUCUGAUUUUUUAGACUCUAGCAAUAACAAGACUCUUAAUAAUAGGAGUAAUAAAUAAUAAUACUCCACUAAAUAGAGUAUAUUGGGCUCCACUAAGAAAAACUCUUAACAGUAGUACCAAACAACUCAACAAAAGUUAAUAAACUAAAUAGAAUAUCAAUUAAUGUGCAUUUUUUUCAAAAUUUACUACAUUUUCACAUAGUUUAAUUAUUUGCAGAAAAACCCCUAAGCUGAACAAGACAUUAGCUCUAUAACUCAUUUAAGCAUUUUAGUUGAUAAGACAAUUCCUUUCUAAGUGUCUAAAUAAUAAAUUGGAGAUCCGAGUCAUCUUCGGCUUGAAUAAGCUUUCGAAACGUAAAGAAAAACAUAUACGGAGAGGUGAAGGGAUAUGUGUAUAAGUGUCUAAAUAAUAAAUUGGAGGUCCGAGUCAUCUAAGCCUCGAUUAAGCUUUCGAAACAUAACGAGAAACAUACACGAAGAGGGUGAAGGGAUAU